CAUCCGCUGCCAAAUUCAUACCGCACGUAUCUCUCUCUCUCUCUCUCUCACUUGGCCAAGUUGUUCAACUAGCGAAUAAAAAUACUCUCACCCAGUCGAGGGGUCAAGAAAUAUGGUGGGCAAGGAAGAAUUCUUGGCGAAAGCGGAGGAUGUCGCAGAUCAGAUUUUGAGAAAGUCAAAACAUAUACUUCCUCAUGUGGCGAGAUUAUGUCUGAUCUCUACCUUCUUAGAAGAUGGGAUUCGAAUGUGGGUGCAGUGGUCAGAACAACGGGAUUAUAUGGACGCAUCCUGGGGGUGCGGCUAUUUCCUCGCUACACUCUUCGUUUUCAUCAACUUAGUCGGGCAACUCGGAGGUUGUGUCAUGGUGUUGGGACGUUUGAAAGUUGAAAUUGCUUGUGGACUUCUUUUCUUCAUCGUCGUUUUACAGACCCUUGCAUACAGCAUAUUGUGGGACUUCCAAUUCUUAAUGAGAAACUUGGCGCUUAUUGGUGCGCUUUUGCUUGUGCUGGCCGAAAGUCGCGUGGAGGCAAAGAGCAUUCUGGCCGGAGUACCCUCAUUGGGAGAGAAUAAGCCAAAAACCUACUUAAUGCUCACAGGACGCGUUCUUCUUGUAUUCAUGUUUGUAACGCUAUUACGAUUGGAAGUUUCGUUUAUGCAGAUUAUCCAAAAUAUUGUCGGGUCAGUACUAAUGGUGCUAGUAACAAUCGGGUUCAAAACCAAAUUGAGUGCUCUGAUUCUUGUAACAUGGUUGACCAUUCUCAACUUUUAUUUUAAUGCAUGGUGGACCAUUCCGUCAUACAAACCUAUGCGCGACUUCCUGAAAUAUGAUUUCUUCCAAACCCUCUCUGUGAUUGGUGGCUUGCUGAUGGUCGUCUCUUUAGGGCCUGGUGGUGUCUCAAUGGACGAAGGCAAGAAGAAGUGGUAAAAUAGAUUAGUCUAGUUUCUAGGUAUAUAAGUAAGUUCGACAUCAUGGACUGAAGAACUUGAGUUUUAAAAGUAACACGAAAUGUUACACAAUUUUUUGAUGAUAAAUAACUGUCAUUAACUUUGGGAAAAUAUUUUUGCAACAAAUCUGAUAAAAAAAACUUCAAAACAUUAUUAAACUACUAUUGAGUUGAAAA